CGGAGUUAUGUCAGCAGUUAUGUAACAGCGAACUUCACAAAUGUUAUGGUUUCGCCGCGCGGAUAAAUACCUUCUGUUUCUGAUUUUCAGCGACACCGUCCUUCACGCCUCACCAGCGAAGCUAACCGGCUAACAUUAAUGGCUAACAACGCUGACGUUUGACUGACACAUGGUGCAUAAAAGGGCACAACUACACUCAGAGCGCCUGGCAGCACCGAGCAGCGACGGUAACAACAUCAAUAUGACCGCUGACCAGGCGUGAGAGCUGACACUGUAGGAAGGAUCGGCACGAUGGAGGCACCCGGCACAACCAUUAACUUUUCAAAUGAGGAGGAGGACCCCGACUCAUCCGCACUCCCGUCCACCAUGUCUAUUGACAAGCUCUUCCCGGCUCUCUUGGAGUGCUUCGGGAUAAUACUAUGUGGAUACAUCGCAGGGAGGGCAAACAUCAUCACCUCCACCCAGGCCAAAGGAUUGGGCAAUUUCGUGUCAAAGUUUGCCCUCCCAGCGCUGCUCUUCAAGAACAUGGUCCUGCUGGACUUUGGUAAUGUCAUCUGGCCAUUUUUGUGGAGCAUCCUCAUCGCCAAAGUGUCUGUGUUUGUCAUCGUGUGCGUCCUCACGCUCAUAGUUGCCAGUCCUGACAGCCGCUUUAGCAAAGCCGGGCUCUUCUCAAUAUUUGCCACCCAAAGCAACGACUUUGCUUUGGGAUAUCCCAUUGUUGAGGCCCUGUACCAGAGCACAUACCCAGAGUACCUCCAGUACAUCUACCUGGUUGCACCUGUGUCCCUGAUGCUUCUAAAUCCCAUUGGCUUUGCCUUCUGCGAGAUCCAAAAGUGGAAGAAUCAGGGAAACCACCAGCAGAGCAAACUCCGGAUCAUGGGACUCGUGGUUUUACAGGUCCUGAAGAACCCUAUAGUGUUCAUGGUUGUCAUCGGUAUCAUUGCCCACUUUGCCCUGCACCAGACAGUCCCUGCCUUCAUGGCUGAAUUUGUGGAUGGCUUGGCCAACUCUUUCGGGGGAGCAGCUCUAUUCUACCUGGGUCUGUCCAUGGUGGGCCAGUUGGGGAAAUUAACCAGAUCCACAGUCGUGACACUGAUAUUACUUACUACAGCAAAACUGUUGCUAAUGCCGCUGAUUUGUAAGGACAUGGUGGAUCUGUUGGACAAUAGCAACACCAGCGCCUUGAACCACUCAAGCCUGUCCAACUAUGCCUUUCUUUAUGGAGUGUUCCCCACUGCACCAAGUGUGGCCAUCUAUGCUGUCUAUUACAAUGCAGAGCUAGAAGUUGUAACUUCUGGGAUGGUGAUCAGCACUUGUCUCUCAGCUCCGAUAAUGUAUGUUUCUGCGUGGCUACUCACAAUGCACUGGAUGGAUCCUCGGCUUCUGAUGAAUUCGCUGCAGAACGUCAGCUUUAACAUAAGCAUAGUGAGCUUAGUUGCUCUGGUGUGGACAAUUGGUGUCAUGUUUUUAAGUAAGAAAUUCAAGAGAAUUCCUCACAUUUUUACAGUCAACCUAUUCUUAGCACAGUUUCUAACAUGUAUUGGGAUGAUCGUGUGGAACUUUGUGGUGAAAGGAGACAACUUCAUCGGGCAGGUCCUGACCUUCACAUUGUUAUGUACCUCGCUCUACAGCACUUAUGUGUGGCCAGGUUUGAUAGCACUCUCUCUUGUGCUCAUGAAAAGGUUUAAAGAUGUGAAAGUUUCGCCAGGCAUGUUCAUUGUUGCAGGCUGGGGGUUUCCAGCCCUAGCAACUGCUAUAUUGCUCAUUUCUGGGGAAAAAAUGUCUGACACAAUUGACUCAUCCUUCUUUUACGGCAAACAACAGAUUAUCUCCACCACAGUUGUAGUUGCCUUCAGUAUAGUGCUUGGAGGGGGCGCUCUUGUGUGUCUCAGUAGAGGAAGCUGGGCCCAAAAUGACCAUGUCCAAGAGGGAAACUCUGCAAAUGAUCUUGUGACAGAAGUCGAACCAGGAGACCAGAGUCUGUUUGAGCCCAUCACCCCAUCAGGAAAUCUCAACAGAGCGUGCCUCAUAUGUGACUGUGCACCGCCGCAGCCCAUGCCCGACAUGAUCAUCAGCACAAAUAUGAACAACACACCAACAACACUCACAGGUCAGUGUGAGAACAGGUGUGAGUCCACAGACUGCCUGCUUGUCCAGGUGGAGGAGCUCCAGCAGGUUGCAGAUAGACAAGUGGCGCGUCAUUUGCUCUUAUGUCUGCUUCUGAUUGUCAGCUUGCUUGCUAACUUAUCCAGCUGCUUGUGGUUGCUCUUCAACCGCGUUCCUGGUAGACUCUACUUGGAGCUGCAGUUCUUCUGUGCUGUGGCCAACUACGGACAGGGUUUUCUCUCCUUUGCUCUGUUUGGGCUGGACAAGCAUUUGAUUAUACUGCCAUUUAAGAAAAGGUUAUACAGUCUGUGGUCUGGAAAGAAGCAAGAAGAGCAGCCGCAGACUGAUUUACCUGAGGAUAUCAGGAUGACUUGCAUCCAGUUCACCAAAUACCACAAAGACCAGUGUUGUCAUGACAUCGUCAAAAUGAGAAGGUGUGGGAAGAGGACUAUGGUGGACUGCUUUCUUGGCUGUGAACUUGUGGAGUGGCUCCAGCAGGUGGGCUUGGCUCAGGACCAUGGUGAGGCAGUACUCUACGGAACACGGCUACAGCAGGGCGGUGUGCUCCAGCACAUCAAGCAGGAAUACGACUUCCAAGACAGUCGCCUUUAUUACCGAUUCAUGAUAUGACAUUUCUUUUUUGCCAAAGGUAAAUUACAUUUUAGUUCAGGAAAAAAAUACUGCCAGAUACAUCUUUAGGUCAGGUAAGAGGAAGGACAAUACUGACCUUUAGUUUGCACUACCAUGCUGUCCACACGCUGUCCACCCUGCAGCACUGUGGAUCUCAGUCGGGUGUUGGAACAGACCUGACUGUGAUGUUGGGUGUGUUCAGAAGUGCAAAAGACUUGAAACUUCAAAACUAAAAAGGCCAGUGAAUCAUACAUUAUCUUGAGUUAGCGUAAAGGGAAUUAGCACUGUAUAGGUUAAAGGGUCUUUUUAACCACCUGUGUCUUAUUUUGGUAGGGUGACAUUUAACAUUUCACUCACCAGGUUAAUUGCAGAGAUCUGGAGUUGCUGCAAGAUUACUAUAACAAUCAGUUGGGACAGGGACAUGAGCUGUCAGAUGACCAGACAUGUACAGUAAACCAUUGAAACUAUUUAUUUUGAGGUAACAGUGACAGUGGGAGUAUCUGAAAUGGUAGUUAUAACCCAUUAUUGUGUGGAAAGACUGCACGCAUAGCUACCACUAAGUUCUGCAGAUUAGGGUUCAGGAAGUCAGUCUUUAAAUUCCACUUGAGGUCUACAGCAGACAGAUCAGGCUAUAAUCUUAAGAUUUUACAGUUUUUCUUGCAAGUGAAUAUGACACGCUGUUAGUUUAUUUACAUGUCAGAUAGUCUGCGUUCCUUGCCUUGUUUGACUCAGUUGUGCUGCAUCCUUAAAUCUGCAGUGAAGCUGGUGAGUAAAACAUUAACACAGAACUGAUCAGACUGAUGGACGUAACUGCAAAAAAUACGAGCUAAGGUGUUUCCGUUUAACAUGCUUUUUCAAGAAUAACAUAACUAACAGGUAUAACUUAAUUUAAAGAGUGAAACAAGACUUUGCUGCUUUUUAAGGACUAUUUUUGCAUAGGUGUUUAUGCAGUCAAUAAUGGACUUUCAUUUGUAUUAUUUUAUGCUGAGUCGUUGUGUGAGUGACAUUGCACAGAGUGAAUGUGUCAUUUCCUGCACUGGAACACUUGAGUGUAAUAUCACUCGUCUACCAAAGCCACUCGCCAAAGUAAAAAAGGGAAGAUGUUUUUUACAUUUUCAUCCAUUUUUCAGUUUGUCUGCAGUCACUUUAACUAUAUGAUUAAGUUAGUUUCGCCAGUGAAUGUAGCAUGAAGCAUGAGUAAUGUAGCUUUGAUAACAUGUUGUUUAACAUGACAUGUUAAUUACAACAUGUUGGCUAUAUCUCAGUACAACAACCUGCCAGUUAAAAAACACAUUUCCCUUCUGUCCAUGGCCAUGUUUAAACUUGUUUUUUUAUUGCUUUUAUAAAGUGGGAAACAAAAGAAAACCGGCACAUUUGCAUGGACUGGAUACCUGACGGGACGAGUUUCAGAACUUAGGGAGUGUUAAUGUAAUGCAUUUACUUGAAAGUGAUCUUCACUUUGAAAAACAUAACAUCAUCCUCCAUAAAAACUUUGUGAACUUAAAGUUGGAAAAGUGCAAGCUACUGUAAUUGAGUUUUUCUCUCAGGUGUAUAAUAAAAAGAGAAUUAACCCUGCUAAAUGAAUCUUUUAUGUGGCUUUAAGUCCAAAGGUUUGUGUUUCUUAUUUAAAAAAGCAUGUUCAGAAAAUGGGUGUGAAAAAAAUCUGUCUCAGGCUGCAUAUUUAUGCUAUGUUUUAAAAUAAAUUUUAUUGCCCAACCAUCA